UUUGAUUUUGCAAAUUGAGGAAGAAAAUAACCAAAGCCAAUCGGCUAGAAGUUAAAACAAGGGAAAAUCUGGUUCGAGAUGAUGAUAUAUGUGCGAGUAUCUCUGCAUGACACCAUGUAAGGGAAAGCAAAAACAAAACAAUUUGGCAUUUAAAAGCGGCAGAUUUUUCUUGUUACUGCUGCCCUCCUUUCCUCUCUUUUGAGUUUGAUAAACCUUUGGCUUUUUCCAGAUGAGAUUCCAAAGUGGGUUUGGUGUUAGAUUAAUGGGUUUUUCGAGGAGAUAUCGUAUCUGAGAACUGGAAUUCGGAGAAGAAGAUAAACAGCAGCUCCAGAAGGUCAGGUUUUUGUUUAAAAAGGGCGGUUGCACCAUCUUCAUCAGGUCCUUUUUUUGCAGUUAGAGAAGAAAAUCAAAACCAGAUGAAACUCCUCCAUUCUUCUUCAACAACAAUUACAUCAACCGGACCGCCGGUUGAUCCGUCCCCUCCGCCGCAGAAGAAAAAGAGAAACCAACCCGGAACCCCAAAUCCAGAUGCGGAAGUGGUGGCACUAUCUCCCAAGACUUUAAUGGCGACAAACAGGUUCAUUUGUGAGGUGUGCAACAAAGGGUUCCAAAGGGAGCAGAAUCUACAGCUCCAUAGGAGAGGACACAAUCUGCCGUGGAAGCUGAAGCAGAAGACGAAUAAAGAAGUGAAGAAGAAGGUCUAUCUUUGCCCCGAACCGACAUGCGUCCACCACGAUCCAUCGAGGGCACUCGGCGACCUCACCGGCAUCAAGAAGCAUUACUCGAGAAAACACGGCGAGAAGAAAUGGAAGUGCGACAAGUGCUCGAAGCGGUACGCCGUGCAAUCGGAUUGGAAAGCUCAUUCCAAGACGUGUGGCACCAGAGAAUACAGAUGUGACUGUGGCACUCUCUUCUCAAGACGUGACAGCUUUAUAACUCACAGGGCGUUCUGUGAUGCAUUGGCUCAAGAAACUGCAAGGCACCCGACGCCUUUGAACUCCAUCGGCAGCCAUUUAUAUGGAAGUAGUAGUAAUAAUUACAUGAACUUAGGGUUAUCUCAAGUGGGAACCCAGAUUUCAUCUAUUCAAGACCACACUAAUAAUCAAACCGGUGAGAUUCUAAUACUUGGCGGUGGUUCGAGGAAUUCUCGGUUUGAUCAUCUACUUCCGCCGUCGAUGGGUUCUUCUUCCUCGUCGUUUCGACCUGAACAACAACAACAGCAACAACCGAUGGUUACUUCGCCCGGUUUCGUCAUGCAAGAAUCGAACCAGAUUUUCAACCAUGGGUUAAUGCAGUUUCAGGAGAACAACAGCGACAGCACGAGCGCUGCUCCGUCGGCGGCCGGUCUCUUCAACCUUAGCUUCCUUUCGAACAGCGGCAACAAUGGCGGUGCAGAUUAUAAUAUGACUUCGGGUUUGUUGAUGUCGGAUAAUUUCAACAACGAUAACGGCGGGAACGGUGGUGGGGCAAACGAAUCCUCGAAUCUCUUCUCGAACAGCUUAAUGAGUGAUCAAAUCACUUCAAACAUCCCUUCUUUGUUUAGUUCAUCGAUUCAAAACAAUAACAUGGUGGCGCCGCAAAUGUCAGCCACCGCAUUGCUACAAAAGGCUGCUCAAAUGGGCUCGAGUUCAAGCAGCGGCAACAACAACAAAGACAAUUCUCUUUUAAGCUUCCCAACAUCUUCUUCAACCAGAACCAAAACCUCAAACUUCGGCAGCAUUUUCGGGGAAACCGCCUCCGGCAACAACCUACAGGAACUAAUGAACUCCAUAGCCAGUGGUAAUUCCCCCAUUUUCGGAAGCUCCGGUGGAGUCAAUACAUUUAACACUUAUGCAAACAGAACUAGCAUGGAACAUGAAAAGCCACCGCCGCCGCCGCCGCAACAGCCAAGUUUGCAUGUUAGCGGCGGCGGGUCAGAUAGAUUGACUCGUGACUUCCUCGGAGUCGGGCAAAUUGUUCGAAACAUGACCGGAGGAGCGACACAACAACAACAACAAGAAGAAGGAAUCGGAUUGAGCAGCUUGACUUCCGAGAGAAACACAAAUAAUACGGCGCCGACAAGCCACCACUCUUUCGGAGGACGUGGGAAUCUCCAGUGAUGAAAGAAAUCCAAAAACACAAAAAAAGGAAAAGGAUACGAAGAAAAUACAAAGAUAAUUGCUCGAUGGCAAGGCCUUUCAAGCAAACGACCCGGGAAAAAUAUGAGGUCGGACAGAAUCGGGUUUCGAUCAUCGAUCGACAAAAAUGCAACUAAUGAACCCCUAAAUCCAAGCUAGAUAUUGUAUGAAACAUUUCCUUCUUUGUUUAGUAAGUUUCCAAUCAGUCCCAGGCUACAAUCUUUUUUCCCCUACUUUAGAUUGUGACUUUAGCCCCCAAAGAACAUUCUCUUGUUACAUUUUCAACUACUUUUUAUUACAUUAGUUGUAUGAUUAGGCAGCCGCCAUUGUAGAA